AUGAAAAAUUUCUCCUUCCCCGACAAGCUACGAUUUAAAUCUGUUUGUUCUUCUUGGAAUCACGCCAAGAAAUGUUAUUAUGCCACAUCGUUUCCUCAAACUUCUCCAUGGCUCAUGCUUCCCAGUGAUGAAGAAAAUGUUGUUAACACUCGUUGCUUCUACAGCCUUAGAGAAGAAAAAGUUUACACUAUCAAGAGCGUAUUACAAGAAUGUCAUGAUGCUUGGUGCGUUGGUUCAUCAUACGGUUGGCUGGUGAUCAUGGACAACAAUUCAAUCCCGCAUCUGUUGAAUCCAGUUUCGCGGCGUAGAAUUCAACUCCCACAAAUUUGGUCUCUGCAUUGCCCCAUCAAUCCUGACAGCAUUGAACAAUUGCGCACGAAUUUUAUUGCCAAAGCUGUCCUCUCAUCCGACCCUUCUCACAACGACAGCUUUGUUGUUGCGAUAAUUUAUGGUGCGUUACCUUCAAAACUUGGGUUUUGCAAGUAUGGGGAGAAGGGCAGCAGAUGGAGAGGUUUAGAAGGUGUGCAUGGAGAAUACUGUGAUGUUAUUUUCCACAAAGAGAAGUUGUAUGCAUUGGCAGGGGACGGCUCGGUCGAAGUUUGGGACUUCAAAAAAUCUUCUACUCCUAUCAAAACCAUGAACCUUCAUCAACCAUUUUUAGAACUUGAAAGUGUGAAUCGUAUAACUAAAGACUUGUCCAAGGAAAAAUAUUCUACUCAAACUUACUUGGUGGAGUCUUUGGGUGAGAUUUUGUCGGUGGGGCGAGUUAUCGGCAACUUCGUCAACCAUGAGGGCACGGCUAUUUGUGAGGGGGAUUUAGAUGAGUACGGUUGCUUCUGUCCCUAUAGAACAUUGCAGUUUUAUGUCCUUAAGUUGAAUUUCACAGCCACUAAGUGGGAGAAAGUUGAGUCUUUGCGAGAUCGUGCCUUAUUUUUAGGCGGGAAUCAGUCGAUGUCAGUAUCCGUUCAUGAUUUUCCAGAAUGCGAAGAAAACUCAAUUUACUUCACAGACGAUAGAUGGGACGAGAUCACUUUAGACGUCGGUAGAGAUCACGACUAUGAUUAUGGUGGUCACGAUGUGGGAGUAUACAACAUAGCUAACAAAGUUGUGAAGCCAAUUUAUGAAUUUCGGAAGUGGAGAGUUGAUCCGCCACCCUUUUGGAUAGUUCCUAAUCCAUGGUGA